AAAUUCCGGCUCAAGUAGAAAAAUAACAUUAACACCGUUCAAAUGAAGCUAUUCGCAGAAGACUUGAAAACGAGCAGUCGCGAAAAUGAUUUUAAUCACGCGGUACAAGUGACUCGCGUAAUUAUGCGAAUGAUCGGCGCGUGGCCGAUUCCCAGAUACGCUUCCAAUGUGGAAAGAAUCGUGAUCCGAUUACAAAACGUUUUCUGUUACUUUUUAUUUGCGUUUAUCCUCGUGCCGGGUCUUUUGCUGAUAUUCCUGAAGGAACACGAUUUCAAACGUAGAGUGAGAAUACUCGGGCCGCUUUUGAAUUGUUGGAUGGGUUGCAUGAAGUAUAGCUUGCUCGUAUUUCACGCGAAAGAGAUUGAAUUUUGCCUGAAGCAAGCGCGACAAGAUUGGAGGGACAUAAUCGAUUGGCAUAAUCGGAAGGCGAUGCUGAUCAAGGCUAAAAUAGGUCGGAAAUUCGCAAUUUGCUCCGCCGCCUUCAUGUACGUCGGUGGAUUAUCUUAUCGUACCAUUGUACCGCUCUCGAAGGGACGUAUGCUCACACCGAUGAAUACUACGGUGAGAGCACUGGCAUGCCCGAGUUACUUCGUUAUGUUCGACGAGCAGGCCUCGCCGGCAUACGAGAUCGUCUUUGUCCUGCAAUUCUUCGCAGGACUGGUCACAUAUUCGGUAACAUGCGGCGCGGCCGGAUUGGCCGCCUUCUUUGUUAUGCACGUUUGUGGACAGAUGAGCAUUUUAAUCAGCAAGUUGCAGCAUCUUAAUGAUAUUCCCGAGGAUAUUCCAGAACCCGAGGAUCGAGCCGUUGCGAUAUUAUUGGCUGAUAUCGUGGAGCAUCAGAUAAAAGUGAAAACUUUUUUAAAACGAGUAGAGGAAAGUAUGCGAUAUGUGUGGUUAGUGGAAAUAGUGGGAUCUACUAUAUUAUUAUGUUUUACGGGAUAUUAUGUAAUUUUGGAGUGGGAGAAUAGCGAUUCCACAGCCGUGUUAACUAUGUUUGUGAUAUUUACAUCUUUCAUUUUUUCUCUUUUUACUAACUGUUACGUUGGUCAAUUGUUGACAGAUGAGAGCAUCAAAGUUGGAUCGAUGACGUCUGCAAUAAAUUGGCAUUGUCUUCCGCAUAAAAAGGCCCGUAAUUUAAUACCAAUAAUAGCGAUUUCUAAUAUUCCAGCAAAAAUCUCAGCAGGCAAAAUGAUAGAAAUGUCUCUACCUACAUUUAGUAACAUUAUUAAAACAUCGAUGGCGUAUUUUAAUCUGCUCCGAAAAUUUAUUACUUAAUUUUGUUGAAAUAACUAUUAUAACAAUAAACCAACUCGAAUAUUGGUCUGUAAUCAAC